AACUUCACUUCACUUUACUAGAUAUAGGGCUGUAGUGCUGUGCACCGUCCUCAUCUCUCAUUGAUAUACAUUUGAUUACUUCUACUUGUUUAAACACACCACAUACACAAAAUUAAUCCAUGUGGUUCCUCGUCCUCCGAAUCUUCAAACUCGGCCUCUCCCAAGCCAAAAAACACAAAACCAACAAAAACCAAGCCAACCAACAACCUCAACCUCAACCAGAACCGGAAUCCAACAUGCGCCUCCCAUCCUCCUACUUCACCUCCUCCAACGCCCGCAACCCGCUCAAAACCCUCCUCGAAACCCUCUUCCGCUUCUUCCAAUUCAUCCUCGGCCUGACCAUCAUCGGCCUCUACGCCCAAGACAUUCACACAGGGUCUGACGCGCCCUCGCCAGACGCAAAAUGGGUCUACGCCGUCGUCACGGCCUUCCUCGCCACGCUCUCAGCCCUGGUUUACCUAAUCCUACCUUUCAUCUUGAAGGAUAGGCCGCUGGCUACGCGGAAAGUCACGCACCUCCCGCUGUUUCUCUGGGAGUGUGUGUUGUGUAUCCUGCUGUUGACGCUGUUUGGGCUAUUUGGGAAAAUGUAUAUUGGGGAGCAUGAGGGGGGAAGUCAGACGACGCGGAUGAGGCAUGCGGUUUGGGUGGAUUUGAUUACGUUGGUACUUUGGGUUGGGACGGGGUUUUGGGCGGGGUUGAGGUGGUGGAGGGGGGAGCAGGAUGGGAAGGAUGAGGAGACUAAGGAAGUUGAUGCUGAGAAGGGGGAUGCUUGAUUGAUUUUUGGUCGUGAUGAUGAUGGAUGAUAAAAUAUGGGGCGGAUGAUGGAGGAGGAUGAUUAUGUACCACCAGGUGUGGGAUUGGCAUGGGAUAUGAAAAUGGCUGUACUGUUAUUGAGAUGUUUUUAUUUCUGAUUAUCUGUUUAAUAAUGCACGGGAAGAAUGGCUCAUUUGGGGUAGUGAAUUGUUUCAUAAAUCGUAAUAACUAACUGC